AUGGCAAUGGAUUCCCAGGCGUUUAUGAACCACAGCGGCCAGAUAGCACCCCCAGAGGGCACUUAUCAAGAGGUGUACCACGAGAACGGCCGGUGGUAUGGCACAUUCAAAAAGGGCAAGUAUAUGUUCCCCAUCGACGAGAAUGAGUUGGAGAGACUGGACGUUUUCCACAAAGUCUUCUCCGUCGCGCGCAGAGAUGCUCUGCACAGCGCACCCCUCCACGACCCAGAGAGCCCGCGAGUCUUGGACCUUGGCUGCGGAACUGGCAUCUGGAACAUUGCCAUGGCUGGUGAAUACCCCCGUGGAACACAUGUCGGCGUCGACCUGAACUAUAUUCAGCCCGAAUUCAUCCCUGCGAAUUUGCGCUUCUAUCAGAAGGACAUCGAGGAUAAGUGGCAGGAUCUCGAGCCAGGCUCGUGGGAUCUCAUUCACAUGCGCACCCUCAAUGGCAGCAUCAGUAACUGGCCCAGAGUGUACGCCGAAGUAUUUAGACACCUCAAGCCACACUACGGCUACUUCGAGCAGGUCGAGAUAGACUGGAGCCCUCGUAGCGAUGACGGCUCGCUGCGCCAGAACGCCCACAUUGUGCGGUGGGCGAACGAGGUUCAGGAUGCCAUGGACAGCUUCGGCCGCCCGAUGCGCUUGGACAGCAACCUCACCAAACAGCGGCUGGCAGAGGCCGGCUUCGUCGACAUCAAGGAGGAGGUCAUCCAGAUGCCGCUCAAUGGGUGGCCGAGUGAUCCGCACGCCAAAAACGUCGGCAGAUGGUUCAACCUCGGCAUGAAUCAAACCUACCAACCGCUAAGCCUAGCGCCGUUGUGCCGAGGUCAUGGACGGACUGUAGAUGAGGUCCAAGACCUCGCCCGCAAGGUCAAGCGCGAGGUUUACAGCAACAGCGUGCAUGCAUACUGUACACUGGCAGAUGACCAUGCGGCCCACAACUUGACCUCUUCCUCCCAUACGCCAAGGGCGCGAGUUCGUCAGGCCUGA